AUGGCUUCUGCUUCGACCAGUCAACGUAAAUCACGCCUGUUUGAUGAACAGCCCGCGUUCAUCUAUGGUACCGCCUGGAAGAAAAGCCAAACGAAGAGAUUAAUAAAAGAAGCACUUGUCCAUGGGUUUCGUCGCGUCGACACAGCUGCACAGCCUCGGCAUUACCAAGAACCUUUAGUUGGGGAUGCGCUUCGUGAGGCGUUCGAGGAAGGUCUGGUGAAGCGAGAGGAGAUAUAUCUACAGACGAAAUACACCACUCCCGCUGGCCAAGAUCUGAGCAAUAUGCCCUACGACCCUGAAGCGCCAUUAGACGUUCAGAUACGCACAUCUGUCGCAUCCUCACUCAAGAAUUUGCGAUAUGGGCAGAAAUCGGAAGACGACUCAUACAUUGACUGCUUACUUCUUCAUUCGCCACUACCCACCAGUGAGCAAACACUGCAGGCUUGGCGGUUACUGGAGACUUAUGUGCCGCACAAGAUUCGUUCCCUCGGUAUCUCGAAUGUCACUCUUCCCAUCCUCCGAGAUCUGUGGCUACGUGCCAAGGUCAAGCCAGCAGUGGUGCAGAAUCGCUUCCACCCUGACACGUACCACGAUGUAGAGUUGCGUGAAUACUGCCGAUUGAGUGGCAUCAUGUAUCAGUCAUUCUGGACUUUGACCGGUAAUCCCGUUCUUCUCAAGUCAAAACCAGUUGCCGCUUUGGCCAAAGCGACGAAUGUUGAACUGCCCAUUGCGCUCUAUGCUCUCGUCAUGGAUCAAGGAAUUGUGGUGCUGAAUGGGUCGACUUCGACUGAACAUAUGCAGGCGGAUUUGGAGGGUAUUCGAAAGGUGCGCGAGUGGGCAGAGUCGAACCAGAAGAAGUUCGAGUACAUCAGGGACGACUUCUCUUAUUUAGUCGCAUGGUGA